AACAAUUAAUUCUUUACUGAAGUGUGAGAUUUACACAGAAAAACGAUUCUGCAGUUUUAUAUUGCUUCACUGGAAAUAAAUUCGAUUUGAUAACUUAAAAAUUAUGGAUGACGGAGAUUAUGAUAACGAGGAUGUUGGUGGUGAUGAUUUUGACGAUGUUGACGAAGAGGACAACAUUGAUGAUAUCAAUCCGGAAGAAGAAGUGGAUAAUAUUGAAAUGAUAGUUCCCGGAAAUGCGGGUGGGGGAGUGCCGAAAGCAAAAAGAAUAACUACAAAAUAUAUGACAAAGUACGAGCGAGCGCGUGUACUAGGUACAAGAGCUUUGCAAAUAGCUAUGUGCGCUCCAAUUAUGGUUGAAUUGGAAGGCGAGACAGAUCCCUUGCAAAUUGCUAUGAAAGAACUCAAACAAAAGAAGAUUCCCAUUAUUAUUAGGCGAUUUCUUCCCGAUCACUCGUAUGAAGACUGGAGCAUAGAUGAGCUAAUAAUAGUGGAUCAUUAAUAAGAACGUUCUGUGUAAUAUUAAAUUUUAAGCUGAAUAAAAGUAAAUAUUUUUAGAUAAAAAUUGAUUGAUC